UUUAGUCACUCAAUAGUGCACCUUAGUUUUGGCUAACCAGAUUAGAGUGGAGAGAAACCAUAACCAGCACUAUCUUAUACUCAAAUAUCUCUGGAGACCUUCAUAAUGAGAAACAACGGUUGCAAAGAGUGCAUAGACAAAAUACUUCAAGAGGCUCCGACUGCAAGAAAAGCUCUUCUAGACAACCACAGCAAUCUGCACAGGGUGGCCGAUUACUGUCAGAACAAAUAUCUGAAUGUGGAGGACACCAGAAGUGUCAUUGAAGAGUCCAAGGCUCUCACCGCCCAGGCCCUAGCCAGUGUCACAUACCAGAUAAACAAUCUAGCCACCUCUGUGCUGAAGAUUUUAGAUGCUCAGACUGUUCAGCUCAAACAGCUGGAAUCCUCAGUCAAUAUGCUGACGCUGACAAUUGGCAUGUACAAGGAGAAUACUGCACGGAGAGAGAUUGGAGUUCUGACCACACAGGCCAAAGUUCCCCGGACUCUAAAGAUGGUUCCCCCAGCAAGUGGACUUGAGCCAUUUCGCGUGUACAGACGUGUCCCCAUAUCCUAUACCCGUUUAGACAAACUAGGCCAUGGUCACUGGGAAAGCAACAAAACUGAGGACUCUAAAGAGGAAACCGACUCUUUCCAACAAUUUGGUACACCGGCGACCAGCACCUUUAACUUGUCUUUUGUGGGUAUUGCUGUUCCUCCUCCGUCAGUGCCUGACUGGGUUGGUUCUAGAAUCACAGCUCCUCCUGAUCUCUCUCCAGCUUCACCAUCUCCUUCACCCAUACUAUCUGCCUGCUCCCCAUCUCCACCUCCAUAUGCCUAUCCAGAGUUAUCCAUGCUGCCUCCACCUCCUCCAGAUGACGAGAUGGGGGAUGCUCCACCCCCACCCCCUCCUCCAUCUCCUCCUCAGGACAACAUGCCAUUUUCUAUUUCACCACCUCCACCCCCUAGUUCUGGAUAUGGAGGCUCUUUGGUACCUCCUCCUCCACCUCCACCAGCACAAAAUGCUUCUGCAAAAGCUCCACCUCCCCUUGAUGGCAAAACGGCUGUUCCACCACCUCCUCCUCCUCCUAGCUCUGUGUACAGUGGUUCAUCGUUACCCCCACCGCCCCCUCCACCUCCUCAAAAUGUCUCCAUGGUGCCACCGCCCCCUCCUCCUCCACCUCCAAAUAUUGGCGGAAAAUUUGUUCCACCUCCCCCUCCUCCGCUCCCGUUUUGAGUGUUGAAUUUCAAUGUUGACUUUAUGUGGCAGACUAUAAAACGGUUGACUCGAGAAUAAUUGUAUUGUUGUGUUUUAUAUUAAAUCCUAUGUAACUUCCAUUUACAAGUAUACAUUUUUAUGUUAUAAAGCUCUAAAAAAGUAAUAUGUUUUAUGUUAAGCAUAUUAAAGUAAAACAUCAAAUUCAACAUCAGGUAUAUCUAUU